AUGGUGCUGCUGCUGGUCAUCCUCAUCCCGGUGCUGGUGAGCUCGGCCGGCACGUCGGCGCACUACGAGAUGCUGGGCACCUGCCGCAUGGUCUGCGACCCCUACGGCGGCACCAAGGCGCCCAGCACGGCGGCCACGCCCGACCGGGGCCUCAUGCAGUCGCUGCCCACCUUCAUCCAGGGCCCGAAGGGCGAGGCCGGGCGGCCGGGCAAGGCCGGGCCGCGCGGGCCCCCGGGGGAGCCCGGGCCGCCGGGGCCCGUGGGCCCGCCGGGCGAGAAGGGCGAGCCCGGCCGGCAGGGGCUGCCGGGCCCGCCGGGGGCGCCGGGCCUGAACGCGGCCGGGGCCAUCAGCGCCGCCACCUACAGCACCGUGCCCAAGAUCGCCUUCUACGCGGGCCUGAAGCGGCAGCACGAGGGCUACGAGGUGCUCAAGUUCGACGACGUGGUCACCAACCUGGGCAACCACUACGACCCCACCACGGGCAAAUUCACCUGCUCCAUCCCCGGCAUCUACUUCUUCACCUACCACGUGCUCAUGCGCGGCGGCGACGGCACCAGCAUGUGGGCAGACCUCUGCAAGAACAACCAGGUGCGAGCCAGUGCAAUCGCUCAGGAUGCAGAUCAAAAUUAUGAUUAUGCCAGUAACAGUGUAGUUCUGCAUUUGGAGCCAGGAGAUGAAGUCUACAUAAAAUUAGAUGGUGGAAAAGCACAUGGAGGAAACAACAACAAAUACAGCACAUUUUCUGGAUUUAUAAUUUAUGCUGACUGAUAAUGAGUCAAGAACUAAAUCACAUUCUUCUAAGUGAUGGAUUCACGUGGCAAAAAUCAAUGAAUCAAGAAUCCCAGAGGAUACUGGCUGUGGACACCUCAGUAAUGGGGCCAAAG